AUGAAGCUCAGCCAAGCAUUUCAGUAUAUAGGGUGGCUUCAAGAGAAAAUUCCGGAAUUGGAGAAAAGUCCAAAUGCACCCAAUGAAGAGACUCUAAAGCACUACAAACGGCAAGUGGAUUUCCUGCGAGGCGUCAUUGAGGCAGAGAAAUGUACCAAGGUGCUAGACUCAGGCACCGCAACGCAGAUGAUACCGCAUGGACCAGCAACGACGAGCGACCACACUGUCACCCAGCAGAUUCACCAACGCACACAGGCCAAGACCACCAAUCGGCUACGACAAGAUCUUCUAGGUCUCGACCCUGACGGAGAAAGCGAACUGCACCAGCGCAAGGGAGCCUAUGGAGGAGAUGUGAGUGCGGAUGACUUCCAGAGAAAGAUGCUGAAUGAUGAGCAGAAGCGCGAGAAGAUGGUGGAGGACAUGAUCACCAUGACGAGGGAGUGGAAGGAGCAGUCAAGGAUCGCCAACAAGAUUAUCAAGAAAGACAUUGAUACACUGGAUAAGUCAUCAAAGGUGGCCGACUCUAAUCAGACACACCUGAAGGUCGAAGCAAACAGGCUUGCCGAGUACAACAAGCGAGCGUGUAACUUCUGGAUAUGGAUCAUGAUCAUCAUUGUAUGCUUUACUUUCAUUGUAUUCAUUAUCUACUUUCGAUUCUGCAGAACAGCAGAAUUAACUCAUAUUUUGCUGUGGCUUCGUCCAGUGCCCAUAGACGUCGCCUUAGUGCUUUAG